AUGCCGGAAGGGCCAUCCGUGAGGAAAUUUCACUACUUGGUCUCCCCCUUUGUGGGCCAGCAGGUGGUCAAGGCAGGGGGCAGCAGUAAGAAACUAUACCCAGCUGACCUUCAGUCUCUGUGGCUCCAGGACACCCAGGUCCAUGGAAAGAAGCUAUUCCUUAGGUUCGAUCCAGAUGAAGAAACAGGGCUCCCUGGCACCAGCCCCCUGCCAAAGCCUGUAGGAAAAGGAGCACAGAAGGAAGAGGCCACAGACCAAGAGCAGGCCUUGGGGCCCAACGGACCGAUGGUCUCCAGUGGACCCUUGCAGUCCGUGGAGCUUGUGGUUCCCAGUGAAGGUGACAGUUUGGAGUAUUUGGGGGCAGAUACCCCUGCAGCAGCUGCUGAGAGGUGGCUGCAGGUCAGCUUUGGUUUGUUUGGCAGCAUUUGGGCGAAUGAGUUCUCCAGAGCGAAGAAAGCCAACAAAAGGGGCGACUGGAGGGACCCUGUUCCAAGGUUGGUCCUGCACUUUGGUGGUGGUGGCUUCCUGGCAUUUUAUAGCUGUCAGAUGUCUUGGAGCUCUUCCCCGGUGUUCAAACCCACCUGUGACAUCUUAUCUGAAAAGUUCCAUCGAGGACAAGCCUUGGAAGCUCUGGGCCGGGCCCAGCCUGUCUGCUACACACUGUUGGACCAGAGAUACUUCUCAGGGUUAGGGAACAUCAUUAAGAAUGAAGCCUUGUACAGAGCUGGGAUCCACCCCCUGACCCUCGGUUCUCUCCUGAGGCCUUUGCAUCUUGAGGCCCUUGUGGACCACGUGGUGGAGUUCAGCACAGACUGGCUUCAGGGCAAGUUCCAGGGCAGACAGCAGCACACUCAGAUCUACCAGAAGGACCACUGCCCUGCUGGCCACCUGGUCACCAAGGAGGCGUUGGGGCCCCUGGGUGGGUUCCAGAGGCUUACCUGGUGGUGCCCACAGUGCCAGCCCAUGUUGUUCCCCAAGGAGCCUGAGCCACCGCAGCUCUCCUGAGGCACUUGCGCUGUUCUUCUUGGAGCCAUGCCCUUUAGGGACCGUGUGCCCAAGUGUCCAGAAAGGAGGGAGUGGGCAGGGGCUAGGUGCAGAAGACAGGGCAGGUGGGGAAGGUCAGUAUUGUUAAUGUGCAUCUCACUGGAGUUAUGUCUGAGGCAGAGUUUUCAUAGGUUAGAUUUUUCCUUUUCUAGUUUUGUUCACUGUUCCCAUCUAAUCCUCCCAUUAUGAAAGAUGAGAAAAUUUCUAAUGAUGGGGAAGGGGGAAGCUCCCAGAACAAUGAGGCAGUGAAAGCCUGUGGGAAGAGCUGUGCUCCCAACAUUGCUUUGCAGGUUCUGUGCUGUGUUUGAAAUUUUGGCUGGUUUUAAGGCUAUCCAUUUUGAGAAACAGAAAAUAGCAUUUUCUUUCUUCCUUCCCUGGAGGGGUCUUGAGAUGAGGACAAGUCGGGGGAGGGUGGUACUGCCCUUCAGCCUCCUGCCUGGGUCCUUCCAAGAUGGGGGGGCCGGGCGGGGAGAAGAGCUGCUCGUUUACUCCUGCAGCUGACACAUGUGACUACUGAUAUGUUGAAAAAUUCAAAAGUCAAGGGUUGUAGGGAAACGCUCAUGACAUGAAAAUAAAGCUGUUUGUUAUUUUCUGUGUCA